GAGCUGGACGUCCGGCUUGAGAGCGGGCACUUUCUUUUCGCGCGCAACCAAAGAACGAUUUAAAAAUGGGUGAUGUUGAGAAGGGCAAGAAGAUUUUUGUUCAGAAGUGUGCCCAGUGCCAUACUGUGGAAAAGGGAGGCAAGCACAAGACUGGGCCAAAUCUCCACGGUUUAUUUGGGCGAAAGACAGGCCAAGCCCCUGGGUUUUCUUACACGGAUGCCAACAAGAACAAAGGCAUCACCUGGGGAGAGGAGACACUGAUGGAGUAUUUGGAGAAUCCCAAGAAGUACAUCCCUGGAACAAAAAUGAUCUUCGCUGGCAUUAAGAAGCCAGGGGAAAGAGCAGACUUGAUAGCUUAUCUCAAAAAAGCUACUAUGGAGUAAUAGUUGGCUGUUGCCUUAUUUAUUACAAAACAAAAAUGUCUCAUGACUUUUUUUAUGUGUACCAUAUUUAAAUUGAUCACAUACACCAGAAUUCAGAUCAUGAAUGGCUGAUAGAAUAUUUCUUUUGGACAGUCCUGAUUUAAAUAAGAUUGGCUUGUGGUUAAAUGAAUAUGAUUCACUUUUUGACCUUUGA